CGUCCAGGUUUGGGGUCGGACGGAGCAUUCUGUCGAGGGGCGCGUCCGCACGAGGUCGCGUCCAGGAGCCGUGCCCCACCUAUCUCUCAGCGGCCACCAGCAGGGCCGCGUGGACCACGACCCACGUCUCCGGACCAACCGCCGGAGGGGCGCUCUCCGAGCCCAUUGGCGGCAUGCAGGUUUAUACGAUGCGACGCUGCCUGGCGCUGACGCUGCUGCUGGCUGCGGCCAGCGGACUCCAGCACUCGGCUGUGCUGGACCCAGACGGCGACCUCGUCAUCCACUGGACGCCCGAGGAGGACAGCAACUCGAUCGUCAUCCGCGUGGAAGCCAGAACUAGAGGCUGGGCCGCUGUAGGGUUCUCACCGAACGGCGCCAUGACAGGGGCCGACAUCGUCAUGGGAUGGGUCGACGGAACAGCGCACGCGCAGGACAUGCACGCCGUGGGAAAUAGCGCACCACUGCUGGACGACAGCGACGAUGUCGAGCUGCUGGAAGGGAGCGAAAACAGCACGCACACCGUGUUCACCUUCCGUCGGCCCCUGCGGUCCUGCGAUACCGAACAUGACCUCAGUCUAGGGAUGGACACGACGCGUCUGAUCUGGGCGCUGCACGAGUCUGACCCGACGCCGGGUCGCGGCCCCUCCUACCACGGCACGCGGCGCGGGGUCCGCAGCGUAAGCCUGGACGGCUCGGGCGUCUUCCGCUUCCCGGCGCCCGGCGAGAGCGAGUCGUUCGUGUUCGGCAACAGCGAGGUGGCGCUGCCCGAGGCCGUCACCUACUACCACUGCUCGCUGAAGAAGCUGCCUGACCUCCGUGACAAGGUCCACUACACUGGGUACCGGGUGAAGCUGGAUCCAGCCACCGCGCCGUACGUGCACCAUUUCGUGCUGUACUCGUGCACAAUUCCGGCGCACAUGCACGACCAGUUCGACGAGUACGCAAGGAGCCAUCCUGGUUCCGAGUGCUACAGCAAGAACAUGCCUCCGCGCUGGUCGUUCUGCGAGAGCGUCGGCGUCGCCUGGGCCGUCGGAGGGGAGGGCGACAUGCUGCCGGACCACGUCGGCAUGCCGCUGGGCCACGAGCACGGCGGCUCCACGUACUUCAUGCUGGAGUCGCACUUCGACAACCCUCACAAGCACACCGGUUUGAAGGACAGCAGCGGCAUCGAGAUGUUCUUCACACGCUCGCUUCGCCCGGUGGAGGCGGGCAUCCUGUCUGUGGGGCACUCGGUUACGUCCACCCAGCUGAUCCCUCCCGGACAAAAGAACUUCAUCACGGCCUCAGUGUGUGCCGGAACCUGCACGGAGAAGCACCUGCCCAUCGAAGGUGUGCAGAUCCACUCUGUCCUGCUGCACGCGCAUCUGGCGGGCAGGACUCUCAACUUGCGCCACGUCAGGAAUGGCCGGGAGCUGCCGUCCGUCGCCCACGACUGGACCUACGACUUCAACUUUCAGCAGAGUCGCAUAAUGAGCCAAAAGGUGCGGAUCCUGCCUGGCGACACACUUCUCUUGGAUUGCGGGUACAACACGGAGGACCGCACCAACGUCACCAUGGGUGGAUUCGCCACCCGGAACGAGAUGUGCCUGGCGUUCCUGACGUACUACCCGCGGACGCACCUGCACGGCUGUGGCAGUUACCCUCACGUGGGCCACUAUCUGAAGGACCUGGGCGUGCGAGCGGUGGAGGUCACUGGCCUGGAGCUGCCCCCGGUCAGCGGAGGGGACGUCUGGACCGUCGGCGGGUUCAAAUACAAAGCGGAUGGCGCCAACCAGCUUAUGGCUUUGAAAAACGAGACGGAAGACGAAGAGAAUAUCGGAUCGGCGACUAAUGCCUCCGCCGAGGGGUCUCGCGACGAUUGGUUCAAUAAAGCCCAGCUUAGUACCAUGAAGGUGUCAGUGGAAGGCUCGCCGACCGUCACCCUGUACGAGUACCUGACUCAGAUGAGCUGGGGACAGCCAGCUGUGGAUGCCCUGCAGGCGCAGGUCAACGGUGGCCAAGUCUUCCAUCGGUGUCAAAACGAUAAACUGGUCUUACAGAGCGACUACAGAGAAGAGCACGCGGGACCGUUUUCGUACCCUGAGUUCGAGCCUCUGGUGGCGGAGGCGACCGCGUGCCCGCAGGGACGCACGAGCGGGGCAGCCGGCCGGCACAGCCUUCUGAGCCUAGUCUCGCUUACUGUAGUCACCACUGCCAGCCGUCUGCUUCUCUGAGAAAAGUCAGGCGGGAUGAUACCGAAAGGGAGAGGAGUAUUCAGAGUAUCUGAGAUACCCGGGGGGAAACGCAACUGACCGGGAGAAGCAGCAGAAGAACGCGGAAGGAAUGGGACGAACGCUUCCAGAAAUGAGGAUGGGACUUUCGACAGGAUUUCAGGUAGCCUGGCGGUGCCGCUACCUCUCCGCCAGCCCUGCGCGCAAACGUUUUUCUGCAAUUUUGGCUUAGUUGGAGGAAGGGUUUAAUUUCCUCUUUUUAACGUGACAUCCCGUGCGUGUAUACAUCAUACCUCCGAUGUGAAAUGAACUUCAUGUACGCAAGAAAGACCUUCAGCUUCUGUUGUUUUUCGGCGCUUUGAGUUCAAAGUCCUCCUGCUCAGUUAUCGACCGUCAGUAUACCAUGGUGCGCUGGUUAAACAUGAUUAUCCGUCUAGCUGAAAAGACGAGCACGCUCAAUCUAACCGAUGUUUUGUCUAUCACGCACUUUACCCAGCAUCCCCAGGUACUUUGAAGGUCGAGCACUUAUCGUCAGACCUCCAGACUCAUGCUGAAAGUGUCUUCAUAUUGUUGUCUGUUUGUACUUUCUGCUGCCAUUAAAACUGCAACGGUCCAGUGACAUAGCAUAGGCAAUGUCCCAUUUCUCAGAGGCUUUAAACAAGCUGCUUCAGUGACGGCUAGAAGCCAUCAGCAACCCCGAGAAACCUGUAUUGGUCUCGCCUGUCCGUCUCUUGGACGUCAUCUGGCUAGCGCAAAAGCAUGAACAUCAGCGGCGUUAGUACCGAACUGACCAAAGUGAGAUCGGUUCUGUGGAUUAGGUUAAGGUACACCUGGGAGGUGCUUGGUGUGUAUUUGCUACCCGUGUCACGUGACUCAGGUCGUAAUAUUAUUCUUAUUUUACUUCGAUACCCGUUACCUGUCUUAGUGUAAAUAGUUGUAUUUGAGGAGCCUUGUUUAGCUGUGCUACUAAAGCACCCACUAACGAAGGUUCCGACCGGUGCCGGUUUGACAAUAGUCUAUGAGGUCUAUAGCGACUGUAAAUAGAUGUCAUACGUUUGUGGCAUGAUACUCUGUAGCUAGCACGAGAAGUUUCAGGGCUAAUACAUUGGAUCGAGCUAACAGUCA